GACAAAAAAUGAAUAAACCUGGGGAAAUUGUAACAAUUUUUAUUGGUCAAGCAGGAGUACAAGUUGCCACUGCAUGUUGGGAAUUAUUUUGCUUAGAACAUGGAAUAAAAACCGAUGGAUUUAUGCAUCCGGGAUAUGACGCUGAUGAUAAAGCACAUCAAGUAUUUUUCUCAACGGCACAGACGGGAAAAUUAUCUCCGAGGACAUUAUUGGUUGAUUUGGAACCAAACGUUAUAGAUGAAGUGCGAACAGGGACCUAUAAGGAACUAUUUAAUCCAAAUUCUCUCCUGCAUGGAAAGGAGGAUGCUGCGAAUAAUUUUGCAAGAGGAUACUACACGGUUGGACGUGAAGCAAUUGGAUCUGUCUUAGACAGGCUUCGUCGGGAAGUUGAGAAUGCAUCAAGACCCGCGGGUUUUAUAGUCUUCAGAUCUUUUGGAGGAGGAACUGGAAGUGGUUUCACAACUCUAUUAUUGGAAGGACUUCUCGAUGAUUAUGGAAAGAAGACAAAAGUCGAUUUUUCAAUUUAUCCGUCUCCUAAUAUCUCGACAGUAAUUGUUGAACCCUACAAUUCAGUUUUAACGACCCAUGGAACUUUGGAUUAUGAAGAUGUUUGCUUUCUUGUGGACAACGAAGCUCUCUACGAUAUUUGCUCCAAAAGAUUGAAACUAGAGAGACCAAAUUACACAAAUUUAAAUCGUCUCGAGGCGCAAGUAGUUUCGGCAAUUACAGCUUCAUUGAGAUUUGAGGGAGCUUUAAAUGUGGAUCUACAAGAAUUUCAAACAAAUUUAGUGCCUUAUCCUAGAAUUCAUUUUCCAAUAAUGUCCUUUGCACCGAUUCUCCAUAAAGAUAAGGCCAGACUAGCAGACAUUUCCGAAAAUCAAAUUACUCACGAUUGUUUCGAUCCAGCGAAUCAGAUGGUAAAAUGUGAUACAAGAACUGGUGCCUACAUGAGUUGUUGUUUACUUUAUCGCGGGGAUGUUAAUCCAACGAAAAUUAAUCAUGCCAUACAUACAUUGAAAGGAAAUAAAUCCAUCAGGUUUUGCGAAUGGAAUCCCACAGGAUUUAAGGUUGGCAUCAACUACCAAGCACCAGUUGUUGUCCCUCAAGGGGAUUUACCACAAACGGACAGAUCUCUUACAAUAUUAAGCAAUAAUACGUCCAUCAGACAUUCAUGGAAUCGAAUUGCAUCUAAAUUUGAUACAAUGUUUAAGAAGAAAGCAUUUUUACAUCACUAUCUUGCCGAGGGAAUGGAACAAAGUGUUUUUAAAGAAGCACGAGAAGAUAUAUCAGCUUUAAUGGAGGACUAUAAUGAAAUAGAAAAUUGAAUACUAUAUAUAUUUUCAUGUAUUUUCGGUAAAUUAACAGAAACAAAUUAAUUAACUCACGAGACAAAAAUAUAGAAAAAUAAUUCAUAAUAAUUGGCAAAAACACAUAUUUCCAGUCUUUUAUAAUUUCGAAAAUAAAAAUUAAAUAAUGGUAA